GAAGAGUAAACUGCAUCGUCACAUCCGAUUCUGUUGUGAACGUCUGUAGAUCCAUGUGCAAUCCGCUUAUUUAUAUCAAUCUAUGCAAGGAUAUAUCGACUGCCACUGUCAUAUAUCUGCCGAAGAUUUUGACAGUGACAUUGAUUAUGUCAUUGGGGAGUCUAAAAAGGCUGGGCUUGUUGCCCUCCUUGCAGUAGCAGAGCAUGCUGGGGAGUUUGAGAAAAUUAUACAGCUCUCACAAAGGUUCCCUGGAUUUGUCAUCCCAUGUCUUGGAGUUCAUCCUGUCCAAGGUCAAGACCCAGCACAACCCAGAGGAGCUUUACCUGAGGAUUUAGACGCUGCCUUACCACUGAUUGAAAAAUACAAAGAACACAUUGUGGCUAUUGGUGAGGUUGGCCUGGAUUUCACCCCACGCAUAGUCAACAGUGACGCUGGCAAAGACAAUCAGAGAAAAGUGCUCGUUCGACAGGCAGAACUCGCAAAACAGUUGAAUCUCCCCUUAAAUGUGCACUCAAGAUCUGCUGGGAGACCAACCAUCCAUCUUUUGAAGGAGAUCGGUGUAGAGAAUGCACUUCUGCAUGCAUUUGAUGGAAAACCCUCAGUUGCAAUGGAGGGUGUUAAAGCUGGCUAUUAUUUUUCAAUACCGCCAUCCAUUAUAAGAAGUGAUCAGAAGCAGAAGCUCGUGAAGCAGAUUCCUCUGGAGAACAUGUGUCUAGAGACGGAUUCUCCCGCACUGGGACCUGAAAAGCAGGUGAGGAAUGUACCACAGAAUAUCCGUAUUAGUGCGGAAUAUAUUGCCAAAGUCAAAGGAAUCCCCUUGGAGAGGGUCAUAGAGGUCACCACACAAAAUGCCAUGCGCCUCUUCCCCAAAUUAAAGACAUUUAUCAAAGCUUAACUCUGAAUGAAACGCCUCUCAAGUUGUUUUGUUGUGAAAAAUCAUCACCUUUUUUCAAAAGAUAUUGCUUAUUUUCAUUUGUGUGGCUUAAAUGUGUAUAUGUAAGAUUUUUUUGGUUCUUUAAACCCUUUUUGGUUUUAUGAUGUACCUUUGCAAAGGUCAUAUUUACCAGAACAAUAAAAGCAGAAGAGAAGUAUUUUGAGAAGUGAAAACUAAAAUAAAUUGAUGUGGAAAUUAAA